AUGGAAGACAAUAAAAAACAAGUUGUUAUUAUAACUGAAGAGAAACAAUCCAAGUCCAAGUCCAAGAAAAUUUUUGGUUAUGUUUUGUUUAUAUUAUUUGGUAUUGGAACAUGGCUUAAUUUAAAUGGGAUAUGGAUUGAAUUACCAUUAUUAAUUCCUGAACUAUCCGAAGGAUGGGGUUUAUCUCCUCAAUUAGGAAUGGCAAGUAAUAUAGCAAAUGUAGGUCCAUUAAUAAUCGCAUUGAUACGUCAUUUAAUUGGUGGUGAAUCGUCAGCUUAUGAAGUUCCAUCAAUAUGUGUAAUAUUUCUUGUUGGAAUAACAGUUCCAAUAAUCCUUUCAUUUACUUGGUUUAAACAAGUUUUUUUUCUUGGAACAACUCGUUCAUUAUAUUUAUUAGUACUUGGAUUUUUUCUUGCAUUAGUUAAUUGUACAUCAUCAGUUACAUAUCUUCCUUUUGUUAAUCGAUUUCAUAAAAAAUGGUUAAAUAUUUAUUUUGCUGGAGAAUCUUUAUCAUCAUUAAUUCCAGCUAUACUUGGACUUUUACAAGGUGUUGGUCAAGAAGCUAAAUGUAUUCCAUCACCAACAAAUCAUUCAAUAAUGAUUGAACAACAUUUUCCAGCAAGAUUUUCUGUUCAAGUUUAUUUAAUUUGUCUUAGUAUAAUUAUGUGUAUCUCAUUUAUUGCAUUUCUAUUACUUUGGAGAACUCAACCACAAGAAAAAAAUCAAAAAAAAAGUCAAGCUGAACAGAUAAUUGCAGGAGAAAAUGCUCAAGAUUCCCUUUUAACUGUGAAUAAUAAUGAUGUUAUUGUUAAAAGUCCAAAUGAUAAUAAUGAAGAAAGAUUUUCAAUGGAAACAAUAAUCUAUUUAUUAAUUAUUUUAUGGACAAGUAUUCUUUUAAUUGGAUGUAUUCCAUCGAUUAAUUCAUAUUCACUUAAUCCAUAUGGUGCAUCAACUUUUCAUUAUGUUCUUAUUUUAUGUCAAUGUUGUUAUCCAUUAGUAUCAUUAAUAUCAACACUCCGUCCACAAUUAUUUCAAGUAUCAAAAAUUGGAAUUAUUCUAUCAACAAUAUCUGGUACUCUAGCUUUUUCUUAUAUAUUUAUUACAGCAUGGAGAUCACCAUGUUCACCUUUUGUUGAUGAAGCAAUGGGAAAAUAUAUUGUUGCAGUAAUGUGGGUACUUGUUUAUUUAAUAUUUUAUUAUGAACGAAUUGCUCUUGGAAAUUAUUUUAAUGAAACAUCAGGUCAUCGAGGUCUUUUUUGGUAUGGUUUAUUAACACAAGCUGGAGCUUUUACUGGUGCAGUAAUUAUAUUUACAUUAAAUUCUUUAGGAAAAUUUAACGAACGUGCGUUAUGUGAAAAAUAUUCAUGUUCUUAA